UGGAAGCAGACCUCAUUAUGGAAGAAUACAAGGCAGCAGCUGUACACAACAACAUUAAUGAAAAUACGAAGUUUGAAGAUAUAAUAGAAGAACUGGGGAGUGAUGGAAAGUUCCAGUUACAAAUGAAUAUCAUUUUCAAUUUCAUCGCAAUAUUAUUUUCAACAAUGUCUUCAUACGCCAAGAUAAUUGCUCUGACAGUACCUGAACACUGGUGCCACGUUCCAGGAAGAGAAUCUACAAAUCUAACAGUGGAAAUGUGGAAGAAUCUCACAAUUCCAAAAGAAGAUGGAGAAUACAGCAGAUGCCAAAUGAAGACGCCAGGGCAAGAGAACGAAACGACGGCCUGUAUCCACGGCUGGGACUACGACACCACAUGGUUCUCUGUGACUGCCGCUUCCCAAGGGAACUGGGUGUGCGAUAAGGAACUGUACCCAAAUACUGUGUAUUCCGUGAGCCACGUCGUUUCCACCGCCGUUGGAGUUUUUAUGUUUUACAUUGGUGACAGAUUUGGACGAAAGAAGCAGUUUCUGCUAGGCCUGAGUGCCACGGCGCUGUCCCAGACACUGCUCCCCGCUUCAGUGUCCGUCUUCCCUCUCUACAUUGCUCUGUCAGCAGCCUCUGAAGGCACACACUUGCCCAUGUUAGAAGCAACCAUGGCGACAGGAGUCGAGUUGGCCAGUAUCAAACGCCGUUCUUCUGUCAAUUUUGUGUCCUUCAUGUCUUACUGCCUUGGUAUAAUUGCCAUAUCACUAUUGGCUUGGUUACUCAAGAACUGGGUGCACUUCACUCUGGUUGCGUCUGUCCCUUGUUUUAUUCCACUACUGCUUCAAAGGUACUUGCCUGAGUCACCACGAUGGCUGAUAAAUAAAGGGCACACAGAAGAGGCUUUCAAGGUCCUGGAACGUAUAGCGCGCACAAACGGGAAAACUUUGUCUCCUGACAUCAAGAAAAAGAUUAAUUUUCUGUCUCAACAAAGAACUGUAAACAUGGGGAUUGGAACCAUCAUAACCAAUAAGAAUCUCCUGAAAAAUACGUUUUUACUAGUGCUCAGCAGGUCGACUGCUGCCUUUGUUACCUUCACCCUACUUUUUAGCAACAACUGUUUCGGGGAGAAUCCUUUCGUAGCAUUCAUCGGGCAUGGAUCCCUGCAACUAGCUGCUUCAUACACUGCUCAUGUUGUUGGAAAUAGAUUUGGAAGGCGGAUAACACACUGCCUCGUGCUAUUGGCUGCUGGUUUGUUGUGCAUCAUCCUCAUAUGCUUAACCGCAGCACACUCAACCCAGUGGAUCAUAACUACACUUUCUCUUGUGCUUCUCUUCUGCUGUGACUGCUCAUAUUUGCUCACAAAUAUACAGAGCCUGGAAUUGCAUCCAACGAGUUUACGACAGAUAGGCAUCGCAAUUGAAUACGUCUUUGUUCAAUGCAGUAUGAGUGUUCCACCUUACGUUGCUCACUUGGACCUUACUAUCUUGAGAAAACCUUCUGUGAAGUAUCGUGCACCAUAUAUUUGGUUUGUAGACACAGUCUUCUAA